AUGUCUGCAUUUCCAAAACUUGAAAAUCCCAACUUGGAAGGGUAUCAUAUCACCAGGGCCAUGUGGUUAGAAUAUUACAAUUCCCAUGAAAAAACCUUUGUUGCCAAAAAGAAAUGCAGCGGUUGCUAUAAUGACUCUAAAUUUGUCGUUUGGGCCAUAUCUGUUGGUGUGCAAGCAGUAGUUGAUGCUGCUCGAAUUUAUCCUGAUGAAUUCAAGCCAUUGGUUGCACCAGCGGUUGCUAUAUUUCAGAAAUACAAGAACAACAGUCUUAAAGGAUACUCUGCCGCCGAGGGUGGUGACAAGGACAUCUACUAUGAUGAUGACGCUCAAGUGGCCAGUGCAAUCAUCACUGCGUACGAGGUGACUGGCGAUAAACACUUUUUGGAUCAAGGAAGAGAAUUGGUUAGAUUUUUGAUGGGUGGCUGGAACAACAACCCAAACGCAGUGACAAAAGGUGGUAUGCACUGGCAUAUAUCGAAGAAAUUAUUGAAUGCUUGUACUACCGCCGAGGUAGCCAAGGCGUGUUUGCAAAUCUCAAAGUUCUUGCCUCAAGAAAGUCAAGUGUAUAUUGAUUUCGCAGCAAAGUGUAUUGAUUGGCAGAUUAAAGUGUUGCAAGAUCCACUGGACAAGUUGAUCAGAGAUGGUGUUGGUGAGGAUAGUGACAAGGUGGAUAAUGUAAAAUGGAGUUACAAUACUGGCGCUACUUUAUCAGCAGCAUCGGAGUUAUAUCACAUUACCAAGGAUAAGAAAUGGUUGCAAAUAGCCACCGACUUGGCCAAAGCAGGAAUCCACCAUAAUUCAUUCUUUUAUGACCGUGAUUUCCCUGACGAUAAAAGAUAUUGGCGCGACUCGUCGUAUUUUGUCCAGUUAUUAAUUGAAGGUCUUGCCGAUUACUUGUUAUAUGUCGACCCAAAAGAUGUUCCUGAAGGUUUGGCACAACAGAUUCAUGAUGAAAUCAAGAGACACUUGAUUAUGUUUUACGAGUUUAUCAAGGAUCCAAAAGAUGGAAUGUACUUGCAAAGUUUUGAGCCUCACAAUACCUAUAAAGAAGUAUACGAUGCUAAAUAUCACGAUUGGUUCGGUAAUGGCAAAGGAUGGGGAUUGAAAGGUGAGGAUAAAGAUGAUCAAGGAAAUCCACAAAAGUGUCUUAUGGGAUACGGAUCAGCUGCUAGAGUAUUUUUCCAAGGUGCAAGAGUAGUUCCAAAAAUAGAUUAG